UCCGAACUGUUUAUAAACAACAAUUGUAAAAGUGGCAAUAAUAAUAAAAUCCCCAACUUAGUGCCAUCUAACUUUACCAUUCAUAGAUUAGUAUUUAACAAUAAUGUCACGGAGUUGAGGAAAUAUUUAAAUGAGAAUAAGGGAACCUACGAUAUCGAAGAGAGGGACUUACGGGGGAGAACACCUCUGCAUCUUGCCAUUGCAUUGGACCACCUUGAAAGUGCCACUGUCCUUCUCGAAGAAGGAGGGGCCAGUGCGCUGGCUGAAAAUGCCCAGAACUGGACAGUGGUUCAGGAGGCAGUAGGUACGGGCGACCCGGAAAUGGUGCAGUUAUGUUUGCAGUACCGAGAUUAUCAGAGGCACAUGGAGAGGGUGCAUGGGGUGCAUAAACUCCUGCAACAACUUGCUGAGUCUCCAGAUUUCUACGUUGAAAUGAAAUGGGAAUUCACCAGCUGGUUGCCGUUCGUUUCAAAGAUAUGUCCGAGUGAUAAUUACAAAGUCUGGAAGUCUGGCUCAAAUGUUAGGAUCGAUACAACUCUACUCGGUUUUGAUAACUUCACAUGGGAGCGAGGGAGGAGGAGCUAUAUAUUCAAAUUGAAUGGUUCCAACGUAGCGACACUACUUGAGGUCGACAACGACAACUGCCAGAUAUACAGCGAGACCUUGGACCCCUCCAAGCCACAGCCCACCAUCUCUUACUUGUCGCCGUCCGGCAGUGCGGUGGCUGCCAGGCUGACUUCACCCAUCGUCACUUCUUACGUUGAUGUCGAUAAGAUAUCAUUCGAACGUACAAAAUCAGGAGUGUGGGGGUGGAGGAAUGACAGGACGGACAUCGUUGACAACUUCACUUGCAAGGUUUUCAGUGCAUCCAACGUGCAGUUUGUGACGAAGACUCGCACGGAGCACAUGUCAGAUGAGGACAAGAGGAAGAUGAAGAAGCAGGACAGCAACAGAACUCCAUUCGAAACUUUUCUGGGCUCCUCUUCCUCUUCAUCAUCUACAAUCACGUCGUCAAUCUGUCGCAAUCCGUGUCACGUGACAGAGGAGGAAUACUUUUCCAUCCAUCCAUCGACAACGUCAUCAUCAGCAUCGCCAACGACAUCAUCAUCGUCGUCGUCGUCAUCAUCGACAUCAUCAUCAUCAGCACAGCAGGCAUCAUUUUUUUCGUCAUCAUUGUUUGGUGCUACUCCAAAUACUACUACUAAUAUUAAUAAUACAAAUACUAAUGGUAAUAAUAUUAGUAGCCACGAAGUUGAUGGUGGUGGUAAUAAUGUUAAAGAUAUCGGCAGGCCCAUCGAACAGACUUGUAAGAUACAAAAAUUCAAAAGCAGAUUUUGGCUAUGUGACAGUUACCCACUCUCGCUUCCUGAUCAGGUGGUACCAAUAAUAGAUCUGAUGGCAGCUAACAACACCCACUUUCGCAAACUAAAAGACUUCAUCGCACUCCAACUGCCCGCCGGGUUCCCUGUUAAAAUAGAAAUCCCGGUUUUCCAUGUUCUAAACGCCCGGAUUACGUUCAGUAAUAUCUUCAGUAGGGAUGUGCCGGCCAAGGGAGUGAUGUACAUUCCGGGGGAUCAGAGCGGGGCGUCCGGCGACGCUUGUGCCAUCGACGAUUCUGUUUUCGCCAUUCCCGCCUCUUACAGCGUUAUUGGUGAACUACAUCACGAACGCUUGCAAGAUGAAGAUGAUGAGUUCUAUCAAUAUGCCAUGAGGGAGAGUCUGAGGCAGCAGCAAGAAAUGAGUAGUGCGGAUAAUCAUUUAAAGAGAACUCAGAGCAAUCAUACGAGGAUAAUUUCUG